AUGUACAGCACAAAGAUGGGCUCGAAUGUGAAGAUUAUCGGUAUCUCAGUGGCAGCGUUUGUGCUACUGACAAUCACACUAUACGGAGGUCUAUCGUUUGCUGUGUGGAAUCUACAUACCCAAAGUGUGAGUCUAAAGUAUGAGAAUGCAAACCUACAGAAUCAAAUUUCUGAAUUACGAGGCUUUGUCAGAGCUAAUCCAAACCCCCACUCGAGUGAUGAAGCCACGGUGAUGGACACACUAAAGCGACUAACUCGACAAUCCGGCUCCUCUCAAAGUGCUACUGAUCUACUUGCUGAUGCUCUGGCAGAACUAAUUGAAAAGAAACUCUACACUAUAAUGGACUGUGCUAGAGAUGACGCUGAUAAUUUAACCGACUGUUCGCUCAAGCCAGGCCCAAAGGGGGACAAGGGAUGCCUGGGUGAUCAAGGUAAAGAAGGCCCUCAGGGAAUAAACGGAGAGCCUGGGGUCAAAGGACACAUCGGCUACCCUGGUCAUAAAGGGGAGGUGGGUCCAAAGGGUCCUAUCGGCAAUCCUGGCCCAAUGGGGCACCGAGGGGUUAAAGGAGAUAUGGGCGAGAUCGGUCAACGUGGUGAGGCGGGGGUUAAAGGCGAGCAAGGUAUGAAAGGACAUUAUGGUUUCCCUGGACACAAAGGCGAGAGUGGCGGGCCGGGUGCCAAGGGGGUUAAAGGUGAUCAAGGCUUUAGAGGCAAUAAAGGACGAAAAGGAGAAAAAGGAAUGACAGGGAUGCAAGGUUCACCGGGACCUAUUGCCACAACCGAUCCCUCUGAGGCGUGUGGUGGUCCUGGAUGGAGGAAGGUGGCAUUCAUUGAUAUGACUAAUACUAGCCAAAACUGCCCUCAAGGACUAACACAGACUGGCUACUCAAAACGAUCAUGUGGUCGAACACAUACAAAUUUAUACGAUUGUUCAUCAGUCACCUUUCCUGUUGGUGGGCGUCAAUACAGUCGAGUGUGUGGGAGAGCUAAGGCUUAUCAGUGGGGUGAAAUGAAUUCCUUUUAUGGGUAUAACCGUGACUCACGUGGUAUCAAUGAACAGUAUGUUGAUGGACUAAGCUUCGCUCAUGGAACACCCAGGACACACAUUUGGACAUUUGCAGGUGGUCGUUAUCAAGCAAACAGUAGUGAUACUAGCAAUAGAAUCCUUCGUUGUCCUUGUAACCUAGGAAACACUUACGGCUCCCCUCCUUUUGUCGGUAAUGACUAUUUCUGUGAGAGUGGCGUAAGCUCUCGUUCUGGACAGAAAUACCAAGGGUUUUUUUCUGAUGAUCCACUCUGGGAUGGUCAGGGGUGUAUUCAUGGCAACCCGUGCUGUCAAUUCCCAUCGUGGUUUAGGAAAACACUACCAACCCCCACAACUGAUAAUAUUGAAAUGAGAAUGUGCAUGUAUGGUGAUCGAAGAUAUACUAACAUAGCUCUUGAACAAAUGGAACUAUAUGUCUACUGAUCAUGAGAGACACUGAACAUUGAUCUAGCUACUGAAUAUCUUAAGAUUUACAUACUAUUAUUGUAGUAUUACUGUAUUACUGAAAUGUUUUGCAAGCGAAUUCAAAGUGAUC